AUGUGUCAUUACCGUUACCCAGCGUAUCCACUUUGCAAACAUCCAGACAACAGGAAGAGGCAUGGGCAGUGGGUUCUCCCCGGUGGAUGGGAAGCACACAUCGUCAUAGAGAGAUGCGAAGCCCAACGCUGGGCAGGCGGGCACUCCACAUGCCCAAGGCCUUCCUCGACCACUGAGCCCACGGAAGACUGGAAAUGGGUGGCCUCUCCGAGCAGAGGCCUCGGCCGGUUCUGUCCCGCGUGCGAGACGGAUGCGCGGACCAGCAGCGAGACGCUCCUCCCGGUGCGGGUGAUGCUUCUCGACCUCAAGCGCAACAUCCAGGAGUGGCAGGAGAGCUACGGCUUCGUCCUCACCAGCAGCAACAUCAUGGCCAUGCAGCGCGACAAGGACUGGAUCGAAGACAACUACCACAAGGCCACCAUGAAAGGCCCGUAUAACACGGCCGAGUCUGGGCUCCGGGAGGACUUUUUCGAGUUCAUUGCCAAGUGGGAGAGUUUUAUUGAGGAGAAGAUUGAUGAUCGCGACAGGUGGGAGAGGGAGCACGACGGCGGCGGGCGCUCUUCGCGUGCCUCUUUGAGGCUGGGUGAUGAGGCCAGGAAUGCUGGACCGCAGACAGAGUUCUAUCGACUGCAGCAGGAGUACGACGCGUGGCGGCAAAGUCUUGCGCCUGGGUCCGGUUCUUCUUCUUCUUCCUCCGCCCAGGCUUCCUCCUCUUCUUCGUCGGGUGGACAGAGCCAUCAUCAUCGUUCUUCUUCGUCUCGCUCACAUCAUAGCCGGAGACAUCGUCGCCGAUAA